UCCAUGGCGUCCCCUGUUUCUUCAUUCCACACCUUAUAGAGACUUGACUUGAAAACAAAGCUUGUACUAAUAUGGCUUCUGCUCAGCUCCUUCUCCUUGUGCCACUUCUUCUUCUCACUUCUUGUGUUGUUAUGGCCUCUGAUCCAAGCCCUCUUCAAGAUUUCUGCGUUGCGGAUGCCAAUAGUACAGUGAAAGUGAACGGCGUGGUGUGCAAGGGCCCCAACCUUGUGACUGCGGGUGAUUUCUUCUUCAGUGGGCUUAACAAAGCAGGCAACACGUCCACCCCAGUGGGCUCUCGAGUGACGGCUGUGAAUGUGGUGCAAAUCCCUGGCCUCAACACGCUCGGCAUCUCCUUGGCUCGUGUCGACUAUGCUCCCUGGGGGAUCAACCCGCCCCACACGCACCCGCGCGCCACCGAGAUUCUGACCGUCCUCGAAGGCACACUCCUCGUCGGCUUCGUCACCUCCAACACCGAGAAUCGUCUCUUCACCAAAGUGCUUUACAAGGGCGAUGUGUUUGUUUUUCCGGUGGGUCUCAUUCACUUCCAACAGAACAUCGGGUACGGACCCGCCGUGGCUCUCGCCGCUCUCAGCAGCCAGAACCCGGGCGUCAUCACCAUUGCAAAUGCAGUGUUUGGGUCUAACCCUGAUAUUCCGGCCAACAUUCUGGCCAAAGCCUUCCAGGUUGAGGAGGCCACCAUCACCAAGAUUCAGUCCAAAUUUUAAGCCCGCUUCUUUAAUGUUAAGGUGUGUUGUGUGCGUCCAUUGUGUUGAGUUUCAAUAAUCAUUGUGUUUUUAAUUAUUAUUUUCGUUUUAGAGUGUUGUUUUGUUGGGUCCCCAUAUUUUGUUCAAUAAAAAUUGAUUGA